GUAAAUUUUCACAAGUGCAUCAUGUGGUCAGCAGUACGAAACGGCGGCGAUGACGGCACUGGAGGGGUGAAGUUGGAGUUUGGCGUUCCGGCGCCUUAAAAUGACUAGUGCGACGUCGGACGCCGCAGCAGCGACGGGGGCUCGACAGAACAAACACCGACGCGCCGCCACCAGUCGAGGCGUCUCGGCCCUCAUGUACGCCUCUCAGCAGGGUGACGUCGAAAGGGUUAGGAAAAUCAUUCGAGAACAGUCGGCCACUCUACUGACCCGAGAUCGCACCGGAAAAACACCUCUACAUUACUGCUGCACGAGUGACAACAUCUGUGCUGCUCAAGCUGCUGAUAUUUUGGUGAUGGCAGCGCCGGACUUGGUGGAAAGCCGAGAUGAAGACGGAUUCACGCCGCUGCAUCUGGCUGUCAUUGCAGGGAAUAUGCCUUUGGUGACGUUUUUGUUAGCGAAUAAGGCUGAUGUGAAUGCUGUGGAUAAUGAGAAGCAUACUGUUGUACACUGGGCAACAGUUUGCGGCGAAACUGCAGCCUUGAGGGCCGUAUUAGCAGCAGGAGCCCCGGUUUCCACCCCCGACGUUCACGGAGGAUAUCCUCUUCACUACGCCGCUCAAAUGUGCGGAGGUGAAAAGGAUUCCAGCCUUGGCCUUCAAGUUCUUCAGACUCUGUUGACUCAUAGUGAUAUCGUGGUGUCUGUGGAGGAUGGGGAUGGUCGGCAACCUCUUCUGUGGGGUGCUAGUGCGGGUUCUGCUAAAGCUGUGCUAGCUCUGAUUAGGGCUGGGGCUACAGUUGAGGCAUCUGAUAAAGAUGGGUUAACGGCGCUUCAUUGUGCUGCUUCGAGGGGUCAUACUGAUUGUAUCGACAGUCUUUUGACACUUUGUGGAGCUUCACCAGAUGUCAUUGAUAGCAAUGGUUGUACGGCACUUCAUUACGCUGUUACGUUAGGUCAUGCAGACGCCACCGCGCUCCUCCUCGCCCACGGCGCCGAUCCAAACCGCCAAGACCGCAAAGGCAGAACCCCAGCACACUGCGGCUGUGCCAAAGGGCAGUUCGAAACUGUCAAAAUGAUAGGAGCCCACGGUGCUAACCUGUGGCUACGAAAUGCAAGAGGCGAUCUUCCAUUACACGAGGCUGCAGCCUCUGGCCGAAGAGAUCUGGUCAGGUGGCUGCUGGACAUGCGACCCAGCCAAGUCAACGCGAGGAAUAACGACGGCAGAUGUCCUUUGCAUUUGGCAGCUCUUAACGACAACGCCGACAUGUGUAAGAUCUUGCUGGACGCCGGCGCCCAAAUCAACCCCAUCCUCCGUACUUCCAAAAACACCUUUAUGACCCCCCUUGACUGCGCACUCCAGCGAGGUUUCCGCUCCACAGCCAAAUAUCUUCAGCUGCACGGAGGCGUCCCGGCGAACCGACUCGGCGACCUCCGCCACAGUCAAAUCAAACCCGGCGUCAACCUCCAAAUCAAAGAAGACGUGACCUUUUGGAGCGACACCAGUUCGGACAGCGAGCGCGAAAAUGGCGAAGUCACCAGAUACAGCAAACGAAUCCAAAGAAAAAAACUUUCGCACAAAUACGAAAAAAAGAGAGCUUCGAUAUCGGGAAGCGAUGUCGAAAACAAUAAAUUGGUGGGUGGGAAAUUGGAUGGUGGGAGACGGCGGAGAUUCGGUGAGAAAAACAAGAGGGCCAGAACAGGUGGCAGAAGUGAUAGCGCGGCCAGUAGCGACAUGCCCAAACAUGGAAGAAAAGCGUCAUCAACAAGGAUUGACUAUACCAAUGAGAUCGUGAUUAAUGGAAAAACUGAAAUUAAUUUCCAUAAUACGAAGGACAUCGAGGUUGAAGGUGGAGACGUAGUAACAACGAAACUUCCUAGUAAACUGUCGACUGAAAUCGCUGAAAAAGUGUUGAGUGAAGUGGCUGUUGAAAAAGAGAAGAGGCCGAAAAGCGCGAAGAAUGUGAAAGCGAGAGACAAAUCUGCUAAAUCGUCGGGGAAAGAAGACAGCGUUAAGAAAAAAGGGAAAGUUGAAAGACCAAAUUCAAAACACAAACAGGGUAAUAGUGAACAAUCAAAGCAGAAAGAAGUAAUCGAGGAAAAAGUAGUAGCAACGGUAGUGGACGUAGAAAAUAAAAGCGAAAAAAGUGAUAGCUUAGGGUCCAAAGAAGGAAAACAUAUAGUAAGUGUUGAGGAAAGUUAUAACACGCAGCAGAAGCUCGUAGAUCAACAAUCAUUAUUGUCUAACACGAGUGAAGAUGUAGAAGAACAUAAAAGUCUUGUAGUUGAGGCGGCAAUCCACGAACCACCGAAAACAUCAGAAACAGUGGAAGUUGUCGAAGAGAAAACUGAUAUCUUACAAGCUACUGAAAAUGAAGAAAAUGUAGAACAACCAAAACAACAAGAAGAACCUGAAAAAGAUGGUACAAACGGAGAAUUAAAGAAAGACGUAGAUUCCAAGCAAAAUCUAGACAAAACAGAAAAUCAGGAUCACAAUUUAGAAAGUAUUGCUCCCAGUGCUGAUUUAGCUGGUGACAAAGAAGAAGAGAGUACAAAUGAAAAAAUUGCCCCAACUGGGGAUCUCGCACAAGACAAACAAACUGAAACUAAGAUAGAAACCGAAGAUGUAGACAAUACAAAAGAUGUAGUGCAAGAAGAAACAGAAGCAAAUGAUAAAGCAUCUGAAGCAGAAAAUGUAGAAGUGGAGGAAAACACUACAGUUGUUGUAGAAACAAAUGGUAUUACUGAUGGUGAUUUAUCAACAACAGUUGAAAAAGUUGAAGCAGAAGCAGAAGUCCAAAAAUCAGAAAAUGGUGUUGCUGAAGAAAAUAUUCAGAAGGAAACGGAAGAAAAUAAAGAAGAACCUGUUGCCGCGACAGAUAAAGCAAAUGAGACAACAGUGGAAGAAACGCCUGAAACCGAAACAACCAACAUCGAAACUACUGCAGAAGUGAUUAAGAACGAAGUUACAGAAGAAGUAAAAAUUGAACCAAGUACAACUCCAUCAAAUGGAAAAGAAGAAGAUUUACACACUGAACCAGAAAAAGAUACAGAAAUUGCUCCUGUAGUAAAAGACGAAGAAAAACAAAACGACGUAGAAACUGCUGUUGAAGAAAAAAACGAAACUAUAAAUGAAGAAGCCGCAAAUGGAAAAAAAGCCAAAAAAGAGAAACACAAGAAGAAAACUCACCGAAAAAAACGACAGUCUACCGAAGAUCAAGCUUAUGAGAUAAUUUACAAAACUCUAGGUGCCGAAGAAAACGAUGACGAAAUCGCAGAACGUGCAGACGACAAAGAAGAAAAACUCAGACGAGAAAAAUUAAAACCACAGAAGACCAUUUCUGAAACAAAAUCAUCUGAGGAUGAGUAUUCUACAGAUCUCGAAAGUGGGUCUAGCACAUCUACCAGUGCAACAGUAAAGGAGCACAAGAGCUUUCGAAUUCUAGACGAACAAGAAGCAGAAGAACUAGAAAGCAGAAACACAAAAACUAAAAAAGUUCCUCGUAAACGAAGUCCUCCAAAAAAACAACGUUCCCGUUCCGAAGAAAGCAAAAAAUUUAAAACCAAAAUGAAAGAGAGCGACAGGACAAAAAGAAGCAAAGUACCAGCUUCUUUAACAAAAACGCACUUAUCCAAAAGUGAUAAGUACUUGAAUGUCCCGGACAGAAAAACUAAAUCUAGUAUGGAAUCUCGUGUGCCUUCUUUACCUAAUAUUAACGAGAGUAAAGACAGGAUUAAAGAACCUCCACGUUCUGAUUCUAACCUGUCGGCUCCUUUACUAGCUUCUGCUUACAGUGACGAGGAAAUCACCGCUUCCGACGUAGAAGAAGAAGAAGAAGAACAAGAAAGAAGUAGUGCCACCAGACGAAAAAAACUGAAGCGAAAAUCAAAAACCCGAGAGGCAAAAAGUGCAGGAAGUGAUUAUGAAAGCAGUAAUGUGAUAGAUUCUGGUUUCGAACCAAGCCCACGAAGCAGCCGAAUACCAAAAUGGAAAAAUAUGAGUGAAAGAGGUGUGAACAUGACUUCAGUUACACAGUCAAUACAAUCCAACAUUAGAAGGUAUCAUCUCGAAAGAAAAAUUUUCCAGCACCUUCUCGAUUUGAAGCGGUUGCAGAUUAGAGCAGGUCAACAUAACGAAGCCAUUUUGGUUAAGCGUGCUAUAGACACGUAUCAUCAGUCUUGCGCUUCAACGGUCGGAGCAGGGCGAUAUGUUCCAGAAGACUACACUUUUAGAAGUUUUGAGAAGUUCUUGUAUUUGUCGUUGCGAAAAUUGCAAAGGAAUGGUGCUGACCACUUGAAAGGACUUCCAGAAUCGUCUGCAAAUCCGUUGUUGUGCACUCAGAGUACACAUAGAUGUAUGCAUGCUACUCAUGCAUAUACAGGAAUACCCUGUGCGGCUUAUUUACCAAAAAUGGAUCACCACACCAUUCCGAAGAUCGGUUUUACGUCAACACAGUGCAAACCUGGCACAGGCUUUCUACCUACCAUAAAUCCAAAAAAAGCAGUAACUUUAGAACUAUGCCAUGGUAACGACAAACAAGUUAUAUCACUGCCGGCCGAUCGCCUGGAUCAAAAUAAACGUUACUACGUCACUUUCACGGUAAAGGGGAGCGAAGGCACACCACCCAACGAAGAAGUGUCCUCGGGACACAGACAUUCCAAAAGUGAUUAAAACAUGUGCAAUCAAAGUGCAAUAUGUUGUUAGAUAUUUAUUGUUUGAUAUGAGAAAUUUGUACAAGUCGUUGAUGUAUAGUUUAAAUUUUAAUAAAAAAGUUUG